CGUGAACUUACAUUUGACAUGGAAAGAUACGACUUUGCCAGAAUUUAGCUUUAUAACGUGCUACUUAGCUAGCCACCUGGAGAUUUACACAGAUGAUGUCAGUCUAAAAGCAGCUUUAAUCGUCAAAACACAACCUGCUGUUGUAUCCUCCCAUAGAGUGAACACAGGGAGGCUGAUAUUCAUCCCUCCAGUUCCCAGGGAUCCCUCAGCCUGCCCUGAUGAAGGCCGAGCAAGACGGAGACCUCCUGGAAGAGGACUCCCCUCAGGAGAAUGGAGUCGAGACAAACCAGUACAGCUCCAUUUCUCCUCCUUCCUCACCAGUAGCCCAGGAGGAACCCUUCUCCACAUACUUUGAGGACAAAGUGGCCAUUCCUGGCAAUGUCAGCCAGCUGUUCAGCUUCCGUAAACUCUGGGCCUUCACUGGACCGGGGUUUUUGAUGAGCAUCGCGUACUUGGAUCCAGGGAACAUAGAGUCUGACCUGCAGUCUGGAGCUAAAGCUGACUUUAAGCUCCUGUGGAUUCUCCUUGGAGCCACCAUCAUUGGGCUGCUGUUGCAGAGGUUAGCUGCGCGCCUCGGGGUCGUCACUGGGAUGCACCUGGCUGAAGUCUGCAACCGCCAAUAUCCCACAGUUCCUCGGGUCAUCCUUUGGAUGAUGGUGGAGUUGGCGAUUAUUGGCUCAGACAUGCAGGAGGUCAUUGGCUGUGCCAUCGCUCUUAACCUUCUUUCAGUGAGGAGAAUACCACUGUGGGCCGGAGUCCUCAUCACCAUCACAGACACAUUUGUGUUCCUUUUUCUAGACAAAUAUGGCUUGAGGAAACUGGAAGCUUUCUUUGGCUUCCUCAUCACCGUAAUGGCUCUGAGCUUUGGUUAUGAGUAUGUGGUGGCUAGCCCAAACCAAACAGAGCUUCUGAAGGGGAUGUUCAUACCUUACUGUGCUGGCUGCGGGACUGUGCAGCUGGAGCAGGCAGUGGGAAUCGUAGGCGCCGUCAUCAUGCCCCACAACAUCUACCUGCACUCAGCACUGGUCAAGUCCCGGGAUAUUGAUCGUAAAAAUAAGAAUGAAGUAAAGGAAGCCAACAAGUACUACUUCAUCGAGUCAACCAUCGCUCUCUUCAUCUCCUUCCUGAUCAACGUCUUUGUCGUAGCCGUCUUUGCCCAGGCCUUCUAUGGCAAAACCAAUAAUGACAUUAUUCUAAAGUGCAAUGAAACUGGCACCCUGCCCGGAGGUCUCUUCCCUCAUAACAACGAGACACUGGAGGUGGACAUCUACAAAGGGGGAAUUGUCCUGGGCUGUAUCUUCGGACCCGCCGCCCUCUACAUCUGGGCGAUAGGGAUCCUGGCAGCUGGACAGAGCUCCACCAUGACAGGCACUUACUCUGGGCAGUUUGUCAUGGAGGGAUUCCUGAACCUGCGGUGGUCCCGUUUUGCGCGGGUGCUGCUGACCCGUUCCAUCGCCAUCACUCCUACACUGCUGGUCGCCAUUUUUCAGGAUGUUGAGCAUCUGACUGGGAUGAACGACUUCCUGAACGUUCUUCAAAGCAUGCAGCUUCCAUUUGCUUUGAUCCCAAUUCUGACCUUCACCAGUCUGACAUCCAUUAUGAACGACUUUGCAAACGGAAUGGUGUGGAAGAUUUCCGGAGGCAUCGUCAUCCUGGUGGUUUGUGCAAUCAACAUGUACUUUGUCGUGGUUUACGUCACGGCGCUGCAAAGUGUGCUGCUCUAUGUUCUCGCUGCUCUGCUCUCCUUUGCCUAUCUGUGCUUUGUGGGCUACCUGGCCUGGCACUGUUUGGUUGCCCUGGGGGUUUCCUGCCUGGACUUUGGCAGCAGGAUGCAACUGUCCCGGCACACUGACAUCUACCUACUGACUGACAUGGAUACUGACACUGGUUGAGAGAUGAGUGGAUGCAAUUUGAGCAGAUGUUGAUCUGAUGACCCGACAGUAGCGAGGGACCACUUAGACUCGGCCAGUAUGUGCUCGUCUUCACCGCUCUGUGCCUAGCACAUCUUUAAAGUGUCCUUAAAGUACACACAGUGUGGUACACCCAGUAAUGUGUAAUCCAGUUGAGGAUGUUUUGCGUUGUAAAUGUCUCAUCAAUCUCAGCAAAAUAAUGAGUAUGCAAAUAAUGGUUUAAUAUGUCGGAAAGAUGUAUGUUACUGUAACAAAGCAAACUGCAUCAAGUUUCAAAAUAACAAAAGAUUGAAGUCCAACUUAACAUAUUUUGCCAACUAAACACUAUUGUGAGGAAAAUGCUUUCCAACCCAAUUAAAUUCAGAGAGCUUAAGAGACCGAGACAGCUGUUUUCAUAGGAUGCUGCACUAAGCGUGCCACGGACCUCAAAUAUUUACAGCAGUCUCCAAAUUUCAUUCAGGCUUUUUGGUUUAGCUGAAAGAACAUUACACUAUUAUUAUGACUAUUUAUAAAUUUGCCAUGGUUAUACAGCCCCACAUAGUGAGAAAAGGUUCUGAAAAGUCUGAUAUCAAGUUGACAUGAUUUAUUCAUAAUACCAAACACCAAAGCGGCUUCAAGAUGUUAUUUUCUAGGAACUGAAUUGCUGCCCUUUUUUAAAAUAAAAUAAUUCAUCAAGAUGUUAAUAUUAAACAAAUUAAUUGUUUAAAUUAAUAUAUUGAAUAUCUAUAUAACCCUUGACAAAUAUACAAGGUAUUUAUGUUUGUUUAUUCACACUUUUUCCUUUGUUUUAUUUUAUAUGAGAGUGACAGUUUAAUGUCAUUUUAUGCACUGCUAUGCAUCUAUUUUAGGUGCUUGGAAUUCUGUUUCUUGGAAAUAAAGUCUAUAUAUCAUUUGUAUGUUAAAUUCCAACACAUAUUUCCAAUUAUCUUUUUGUUAUAAAUGUAAAGUUAAUGAGUGAUCAUUGCAUUGCUAAAUGCAGCACUUGAAAUUUGAUCCCUAAAGAGCUUUUUUGUCUCCUGUUGAUGGAUGUUCCAGACAUCUUAUUUAUCAGAAACACAGGUGCAUCACACAUACAGUUAUAUAUUUAUAUGAAUAUACAAUUUGGUAUCUAUUAUUUCUACUCAAACCCUCUUCUAAAUCUGUUUUUCAGUUAAGCUUAAGUCAGUUUGUUUAAGAUGUUUGUAUUCAUGUGUAGUUUUUAAAAACAUUUUGAUAAAUGCUUCUUUGGCCUGUCCUGUAUGAUGUAUUAUUGUUUGUUUACUUUAAAACGUUAAAGUGUUUGCCUGGCUUCAGAUUUUGGGGGAUUAUGUAAUGAAGAUUUGUUUUACUGAGUCAAACUUGGGCAGGGGUGUGAUGUGUUCUAAAGGUUAUUAUGUUACAGAACAAGAUUACAUUGAAAUUAAUAUGGAAGAACAAGAUACAAAUUGGCUCUGUGGUGCAAAAGAGAGAGGUACACAGAUUUAGUCGUUUGAAUGAGUUAAACAGAAAAAUUCAUUGUGUCUCAGGGCUUCUCGUGUCCUGCCACAAAUUUGAGUACUUGAAGUUUGAUGGGGAGACAAGUGUAAGCAACAGUGUGCUUAUUCUUGUGCUCUUCACUUACUUGACACCUUUCAUAAGCAGAAUUCUAUUCUAAAAACUCUUUAGAGGUUAGUUGUUUCUGCUGGUUUGGGCUGAUUUAUACACCAAACCUUUGACCAAAUACUAAUCUGAACUUGAGUUACUGUGGAGACGACCAGUGUGCCUCCUGAAUUCACCACUAUGCCUCAUUUCUACAAUCUAUUACACACUUUUCUGUCAAAUUUGUUUUUUUAUAAACCAAUACAAAUCAUUAUUAUAACAACAACACAACAACUAUAUUAUAUUCAGUAACUCAAUAGCAUCUUUAUAAAAAUAUGUGUAGUGGAGUUGAGGUGUAGAGAGGCUGACAUUUUCCAGAUAUUGUUUUUUGCAUUUUUCAUCAUACUUUUUGAUAGACUAAAAUUUUUGUUAGGAAAUGUAUAUUUUUUCCACUGCAAGAUCUAUAAAAUCCUUAUGUGACAAUUUCCAUAAGUUCAUGACAUGUCAUGCCAAAACAAUUACCAAAUAUUUGUGAAAAAAUGUGUUGGUUGUUUUUGAAGAUUCUUCUUCGGGUUUUUUUAAUUGAUGAGCUCACAGCAGAGGUUUUGGUAUCAUGCUAAUGCUUAACAGUUUGCAAAUUAAUUGGAAAUGUGUCACUGCAGGCCACUUGCAUUUGGUUUAAGAAGUCAGGCAUACAGACCUUCGGCCUGUCUGAUAAACUUAUCUUCUGAUAAAAUGUAUUACAAACUUGGCUACAAUUGUAAGUAGUGUAAAUGGUCUGAAUAUGGGAACACUAGUUGGGAUUGUCAGCGACCAUUUUCUGGUUCCGUAGUCAGACAGGAAAUUGGUACUGUGAGAAUUCAGGCUUUACUCAAUGAUUUUUCUGAUAGGGUUCUUCUUUUGUCACCAUAUCUGUUUCAUUUUUUUAAUGUCUUGUUGAAUAAAAAAUAACAAAAACCUAAGAAA